CUUCAUUUUACUUGUAUGCGAUUCCAAUAUUAGACAUGUUUGAAUGCUUUUGUCGGUAGCCAGCCAUCACUCGACGCGGGUGAACUCUGUUCAUCAACAUGGAUAAAUCCAAGACACGCCCCCUCAGGACCAUCCAUCUGAAAUCACGUCCGCUUACAUCACACGCCAUCUCGUGGUCCUGCGACGGCGAAUUAGCAGUCGCGACAGAUGACACCAUCUACAUCUUCAUCCCCGAGUACCCGAGAGGCGGCGGCCCCGACGACGCGGGCGAGGAUGAGGAGCUCCAGAGCCAGUUUUCACUAUCCUACCGCGCCUCAGGCUUGAUCCGCCCAGACCCAACCAUCAACGCGCAGCUGUGCUCCUUCUCUGGCAUUAGAGUUGCAGGGCCGCCCGCGAAUGACGAGAAUUGGUUCCCGGGUGUGGGAAAUGGUCUGGUGACGGGCUCGGGGGCUUCCAUUUGCCAGAUUGUGAGGUUGGAGUGGUCGCCGAAUGGGCUAGGGUGCAACCUGCGACCAAUCCUGACUGCAUUGUCGACCAACGGUGGUGUGUAUGCGUUGGGGGAGCACAUUGACAUGCAGUCCACCAUGGUUGCUGGGAUGCGAACCAGGAGCUUCAAGGCAUGGAAGACGCUCUGGGGGCUGGGGGCUCAGCUGCCGCUGCCAGAUGCGAGCGUGGAGGAUGGUUUUCGUAACAUGAAUGAGCGGAUCCAGUCAUUCUCUUGGGCGAAGGAGCUUGCUCCUGGAAGGGCUCUUCUGGCAUAUUGCAACGAUGCGGAAGAGGUGGCUAUCAUGAGCACUCAGCUGUUUCCACGACCACGGGAGGGAGAACCGUCAAUUGAUGAGACAAUAUGGGACAUCCGUGAAGUUGGACGGUUCGAUGGAAGAGGGAAACAUACCAAAGAAGAUGCCAUGGAUAUUACAGACCCGGACUAUGUUCCUCAUGGAAGCGCCUUCUCCCUGGACUGGAGCCCUUGGUUCUUCGUCGACGGCAAACGGGUAGCGAUAUUGGCGUAUCUUGCAAAGAACUAUGUCGGAUUCCGAAGAGUCACGAUUGUCGGUGAUUGGGAAAGGGGUCAGACGCCACAGAUCGAGGUUGAGCAGACGGAUAUGACGUCCAUCUGCAUGUUCCUCUCAACAGACGCCUACAUUAAAUGGGAAGAUCAGGUUGCAGUUGAUGAGACCGUAAAGGAAGCCACCGAGCCACAUUACACGUGGGAGUGCGCAACGACAUAUUCCAAGGAGGAUGAACAGACUUCACUAAACCCUAUCUCUGGUGAAUACACUUUUGGGUUGGUUGACUAA